AAUGUGUGUUUGUGUUAUGUUGGCUAGGGCGGUACUGAGAGGCUGUCUAACAUGGUGCUGUGGAAUAAGUCUCUUUUUUGCUUCUGGGUACUGAAGACUUUUACCUCUUUUGUAGCAGUUUCAUAUGGAAGUGUUAGAGGUGGGAGCACUUUUAGGUUAACAAAUGAAGAGACCGAUCCAAUGGAAAUUGGGACUAAAUUUGGAAGAGACUUGCUUCGUCACGCAAAUGAGCCCAGAUCUCAGACUGGGGUCAUAACUAGAAACGGCUCUCUUGCCUUUGAUUCUGAUGGCCAGGAGGCUAACCAAACCAUAAGCAUUGAUUCUCUGCACCUAUUGAUGAAUGCCAAACUGAAACGCAUGGGCCCUUUGGUGCAGUGUGCUGAUGAUGCUAUGACCUUGCGGGUGAAGGGAGGGAAGACUCCUCAUUUUCUGGUUGACAAUGGUGACGGGACUUUCGUUCCCGUGACUCGGAUGCCUUCUCAGUGUGGCUUCUCUGUGAGAAGGUCACGCAGAGAUGUGCUAUUUGUAGCUACAUACCAAGGCUGCCAUGUUACUGAACAGGGUGGUGAUCAUGUACUGCAUCUAAAGCUGUGGGGAGAAUCCAUGAAAAUGUCUUGUCCCCUUGAACCUCCUCACCUUUUAGUCUCCUGCCUCAUGAAUGGCAUGGUGUUGAAUAUGGGUAGACUUGCAGCAGAUGCAAUCUAUGUAAAAGUUUCCAACACAUGGGAGCCCCUGCUGUCAUCCAGACAACUUUGUGGUUUUACUGUGGUGUCACAUUCUAGCGGAUUGCUGAUCAGUGCUCCAUACAAAGAGCCCUGCGUCAAGAUGGAGGAGAUGGUGUAUGUUGUCCUGUUGAUGAAUGGCCAAGAGUUUGGCGUAUCCUGCCCAUAUCCACCUGCUGCUCCGGCAACAACUGAUCCCGAGACGCCAGACCUUCCUUACCCUCGGUCUCCAGGGUCCCCCAGACCAUUCCCAAUUACUGCAGGCACUUCCAAUUCUGAAUCAGUAGAGCUGCUUCCAUACCCUGAGUUCCCAGUAGCUGCACCCACUGAUCCCCAGACUCCAGACCUUCCUAACCCCCCUUUCCACGCCCCUCAGCAUCCAGAGUUCCCUGGGUUCCCUCAGUUUCCCGGGCUGCCAGGGUUCCCUGGUCCCCCUCAGUUUCCAGGGUCGCAUCAGUUUCCCGGGCUGCCAGGGUCCCCCAGACCAUUCCCAACUACUGCAGGCUACAAUUCUGAGUCAGUAGAGCUGCCUCUAUACCCCGAGUUCCCACGACCAUUCCCAGUAGCUGCACCCACUGAUCCCCAGACUCCAUACAUUCCUAACCCCAAUUUCCCUGGCCCUCCUCAGCAUCCAGAGUUCCCUGGUCCCCCUCAGUUUCCAGUGUCCCCUCAGUUUCCCGGCCUGCCAGGGUCCCCUCAGUUUCCCGGCCUGCCAGGGUCCCCUCAGUUUCCCGGGCUACCAGGGUUCCCUGGUCCCCCUCAGUUUCCCGGGCUGCCAGGGUCCCCUCAGUUUCCCGGGCUGCCAGGGUUCCCUGGUCCCCCUCAGUUUCCCGGGCUGCCAGGGUUCCCUGGUCCCCCUCAGUUUCCCGGGCUACCAUUCCCAGUAGCUGCACCCACUGAUCCCCAGAUUCGAGGCCUUCCUAACCCACCUUUCCCUGGCCCUCCUCAGCAUCCAGAGUUCCCUGGUCCCCCUCAGUUUCCCGGGCUGCCAGGGUCCCCCAGACCCGAGUUCCCACGACCAUUCCCAGUAGCUGCACCCACUGAUCCCCAGACGCCAUACCUUCCUAACCCCCCUUUCCCUGGCUCUCCUCAGCAUCCAGGGUCCCUUCAGUUUCCCAGGCUGCCAGGUUCCCCCAUACCAUUCCCAACUACUGCAGACUCUUCUGAUUGUGAGUCUGUAGAGCUGCCUCCAUACCCCCAGUUCCCAGGCUUCCCACCACACCCCUAGUUUCCCAGACUAUUCCCAACAACGGCCAC